AUGGAUGUCGACAACAUCCAACUCACCAACCUAACCUACCAAGGCGGCGACGACUGCGUCGCCAUAAAACCACGCUCCUAUAACAUCAAAAUCCAAAACGUCACCUGCAAUGGCGGAAACGGCAUUGCAAUCGGUAGUCUCGGACAAUAUCUGGAAGACUCAAGCGUCGCCAACAUCACCGUGGACCAAGUGAAGAUCAUCCGGUACAACGAGGACAUGCACAAUUCCGCAUACAUCAAAACCUGGAUGGGUGGACUCGUCCCGCAAGACUCAUACGAGAGCGCAGGGCUCCCGCGCGGAGGAGGCUGGGGCAGCGUGACGAAUCUGGUUUUCUCCAAUUUCGAGGUCCAUGGGGCUAAUGCCGGGCCGGCAAUUACGCAGGAUAGUGGGGAUAAUGGCUCGUAUGGGGGCACGAGUAAGAUGAGUAUUUCGGAUGUUUCAUUUGUCAAUUUCACGGGGUCUAUUGAGACGUCUUCUAGGAAGGUGGCGUCGGUGUCGUGCUCGAAGGUGCUUCCGUGCUAUGAUAUCAAUUUUGAGAAUGUGGUGCUGUACCCCGAGAACUCGACCACACCCGGUGUUGGGUCGUGCAAGUAUACUGCUGAGAAUGGGGUUCAUGGGUUGGAUGGGUGUUGA